CAAUGCUCUCGUUUAAAACUCUUUGUGCUACAGCUUUCGCUCUUACUGCCGUUUCUGCUGCCCCUCAGGCAGACCCAUUUGCUUUCGCUAAUGCAAUCGGACUUCCAGUUGCAGCAGAGGCAAGUUACGCUUGUCAUGCCUCUUGUGGUUACGCUAUUUUAGCUGCUCGUCAAUGUUCUCCAUCUGGCUCCGAGGACUCGGACUACAACUCCACCUGUCUGUGUGCUUCCGACAGUCAAUUCUUGUCCUACGUCCCAGACUGUCUUGACUGCGGAUGGUGUCUGUGGAGUGACUACGGAUCCUUCUUGACCUCUGCUUUGGCUGAAUGUUCCACCAACACCGAGCCAACUGGUACUUCUUGUGCUUCCAGCACCUCUGAAGCGGCUGCAACCUCUUCUUCUUCUGCUGCAACCACCGAGGCUUCUUCAACUGAGGCUGCUUCUUCGACUGAGGAGGCUACUGAGGCUUCUUCCUCCUCUGCUGCUGCCUCAACCCAGGCCACUACUUCCUCUGCUGCUGCUGCUACUACUUCCUCUGAAGCUGUCAGCUCGUCAGCCGAUGUUGAUACCCAUGCUGCCGAAUCCACCUCCGCUGCCGAGUCGACUUCCGCCGCUGAGUCGAGCUCCGCUGCUCAGACCAUUGCUGCUGAAUCUAGCUCUGCUCCAUCCAACUCCAGCGGAACUAUCUCCACUUUCUCCGGAGCUGGUGCUAAACUGGCCGUUGGAGCUGGAGCCGGUAUCGUCGGUCUUGCAGCUCUGCUUAUGUAAUACUUUAGCGAAUCCGAAUUUUAGCUUUUCC